AUGGGAGGAAAAUUAAAAGAAUUAAAAAAUCAAAAAAUAUUCAAUUCUUCCUCAAAUAAAGAAGAAAAAUGUUACAAAAAUAAUAAUAAAAUACAUCAACAACAACCUUUAAAUCAAAAUGAUUUUAAUUUAAUGGAAAGAGGACAUAGAGUUUGUAAAUUAAUUGCUUUAAAGAAAUUUGAUAUAAUUUAUUUCCGUUUAUGGUUAAAUACACAAACACAACAAAUUGUUUUGUCUAAAUGGAAUAAUAAUUUUAAUCAUACAAAUUCUUCUUGCUCUUCGCUGGAUAUUAAUUGUUCUUCUUCCUCAACAUUAGAAGAGCAAAUCGAAAUAAAUAGUCGAAGUUAUAGUACAACAAUUCCUCCAAAAUAUUCAACAGCAACAACUUCAACACGUUCAUGUUCCUCAACUUCUUCAUUUUCUUCUUUGAAAACCCAAACACUCGAUUUGAGAUUAAUUAAGGAUGUCCAGGUUUUAUCACAAAUAGGGACAACAAUGCAAAUAACAGAAAAAUGGAGGAGAGAUUCUGCUUUACAACGUUUUGACAAAAAUACAGUUUUGUGUAUCAGUUGGGGUGUUACUUUUAUUCCAAAUAAUUGGCUGAUUUUAUUCGAUAAUAAAGAAUUGUGUAAUUUGUGGUGCCAAGGGCUCCGACAAUUAUGUUUAGAACAAGCAAAUGCUUCUCAAGCAUUAAUUGUUGAACGGUGGUUAAGAAAACAAUUUUGUUCUUUACUUGUUCAUCCAACAGAUAAUGCUUGUAUAUCAAUAAAACACAUGAAACCUUUUGUUCAACAAAGAUUACAAUGUAAAAUUAGUGGAAAACAAUUACAAGAAAUUAUUGAAAAUGAAAUGGGCUUUGAAAGUUUUGUUUUUGCACAUAAUUGGUUAUUAAAUUUUCAUUCUUUGUUUAUGUCAAUGUUUUCGGACUUUGUUCAUCCACAAAAUGAACAAAAAAUGCCUUUUAGAAAAUUUGUUGAUUUUCUUAAAAAUGUACAAAAUGAUGAAUUAGGUAAAAGUCCAGAAUUGGCUUCAGAUUAUUUAAGGCGUUAUUUUCGAGAUGUUGAUCCAGACAGGGAUAUUGCCGAGCCUUGGUUAAGUACAAGUGAAUUUGUUGAUUAUUUGUUUUCCUGUGAUAAUUCUUUAUUCGAUCCAUUAAAUAAAGAAGUUGUUCAUGACAUGACUAAACCAUUAACUCAUUAUUGGAUAUCUUCUUCUCACAACACUUAUUUAACUGGAGAUCAACUUAAAAGUGAAUCUUCUUUGGAUGCUUAUGCCCGGUCUUUAUUACUUGGAUGCAGAUGUGUAGAGUUAGAUUGUUGGGAUGGACCUCAAAGAAGGGGUCCAAAUGGGGAAACGAUAAUUGAUAUAGUUAUUUAUCAUGGAUAUACAAUGACUUCAAAAUUGGCAUUAAAAGAUGUUUUACAAACAAUUAAACAUUAUGCCUUUCAAACUAGCGAUUAUCCAUUAAUACUUUCAAUAGAAGAUAAUUGUUCUGUUCCAGCCCAACGUCAAAUGGCUAUUGAUAUUCAAGAAGUUUUGGGGGAUUUAUUAUUAACUUCACCAAUUUCUAGAGACGAAUGGGAACUUCCAUCGCCUUGUGCCCUUCGAAAUAAAAUUAUUUUAAAACACAAAAAAUUGAGAGAAGAACAACAAGAAAAUGAUAAUUUAAAUAAUAAUUCUUUUUUAUUAGAAGAUGAAUUAGAUCAGGAUAUUUUAAGUAGACAAUGUAUUAAAAAAGGAGUUUUGUGGUUAAAGAAUGAUGUUUCUAAUGGAAAUAAUAAUGGAGGAAUAGAAUCAAUUUGGAGAAAACACAUUUUUGUUUUAUUUCAUGAUCGUUUAUGUUAUUUAAUCCAACCAAUUGAUGAUGAAAAUAAAAUAAAUAAUAAAUUAAAUAAUGUUAUUAGAGAGAAAAGUUUUGGAAGUCAAAAUGAUGAAAAUUUUAAUGGAGAUGAAUUGGAGGAAAAUAAUGGAGGGAAUAGUGGACAUAGAAAUAGCAUUACUUCAACAACAACAACUGUAUUAGUCGAAGAUUGUUCAAAUUGUCACAUAACAGAAGAAUGGUUUCACGGUAAAAUAGACAGAGAAGAAGCCAAGGAAAGAUUAAUUAAAAAUAAAAUAAAUGGAACAUUUCUUGUGCGAGAAUCGAAUACUUUUAUUGGAGAUUUUACUCUUUCAUUUUUAUUCAAUAAUGAAGUACAUCAUUGCCGAAUAAAAACAAAUAUUUUACCUGGAGGAGAAAAACGUUAUCAUUUAUUGGAUACUUUAAAAAAAGAAAGUUUAUAUGAAUUAAUUAGUUAUUAUAUGAAACAUUCGUUAAAUACUCCUAAUUUUAAGACUUAUUUACUUACACCGUGUCCUCAACCACAGCCACAUUUAGACCAACAAUGGUUUUGUUUAAAUUGUGAUACACAAAAAGCAGAGGAAUUGCUAACAAAAUUUGGAGAAGAUGGGGGAUUUCUUAUUCGUUAUAGCAAAAAUGACACAGAUUCUUUUGUUUUGUCGUUAAGAGUGGAUUCAAUAAAUUGGCAUUUAAGAUUAAAAAGAGAGGGAAGAGUUUUUGUUGUUGGAAAUCAAAUAUUCGAGAAUUUGUGUCAAUUAGUUGAAUAUUUUGGAAAAAUACAAUUUUUUAGAGGAAUUUGUUUAAAAUAUCCAGUUAAUGAAGAAACGGUAAAAAAUAAAAAUACAAAAGAAAAUUUAAAUUCUUUAAAAGAAGAAGAGGAUAAUCAAAUUGAUGGCUGUUAUGUUGAAUUAAAUGAUUUGAAAAAUGAGUUUCAAGUAGAGGCAAUAGAAUCAUUCGAAGAAGUUCAAUUUAUUGAAGAUUUAAUGUUAAAAGAUUAUUUUAAAGAAGGAAUACCUUAUAAUGGUAAAGCUUUAUGUUUUCCCCUUGGUGCUAAAAUAACUGUUUUACAAAAAUAUUUUUUAAAUAAAAAUGAAGAACAAAAAGAAAUAGAUAAAUGGCUAUAUUUAGGGAGAUAUAAUAAUGAGAUUGGUUGGUUUCCACCUUGUAGUGUUAAUGAGGAGGUUUCUGAUAGAGAAGAACGUCCUUAUUCAUUCAAAAUUUCUUUAACACAAUCUCAUUGGAAAGUCCGAGUUUAUAUAGUUGCUACAGAUAAUGAAGAGGAAUUAAAAGAAUGGUUAUUAAUAUGUCAACAACAAUCUAGACAAGCAAAUGAUAAAAUACAGCAAUUAAGGAAUAGGGAAAGACAAUUGAGGAUUGCUAGUCAAUUGUCUUGUUUAGUGGUUUAUUGUCAAGCUGUUCCUUUCAAUCCAGAUUUUAAAUUACAAGAUCAAAGAAAUUCUUUUUUUGAAAUGUGUUCUUUUAGUGAAUCAAAGCAUGAUAAAUUAAUAGAGAAAGGUUUACCUUUAUUUAAUCAACGUCAACUUUCAAGAGUAUAUCCACAAGCUAGCCGUUUAACUUCAACAAAUUUUAAUCCAAUACCAAUGUGGAAUAGUGGAUGUCAUAUGGUUGCUCUAAAUUUUCAAACUGGGGAUAAACCUAUGCAAUUAAAUUUUGGACGUUUUAAUGCAAAUGGACGAUGUGGAUAUGUCUUAAAACCUCAAUAUUUAAUGGAUGAAACUUUUUGGCAAAAACAACAAAAUGAAUUAUUUAAUCAAAAAUUAGACGGAGUAAAGAAAAAAUUGCUUUGUCGAUUUUGCCGUAAUAAAAGCAAAAUACCUUUAAAUAAAGAAAAAGAAAAUGGAGAUUUACAAAAAUGUUGUUGUGACAAAAUAAAUUUAGAUUUUGAUGAAAAUUUGGAAGAAAAACAAAAAGAAAAUAAUUUAAAUGGAAUAAUUAAUAAUAAGGUUAAUAAUAAUUCCUCAACACUUUUUACUUCAAAUAGACCAAUUAUUUUAAUUAUUACAAUUAUUGCUGGAAGACAUUUAACUCGUAAAAGUGGUUAUGAUAAAGGGGGAAUUUGUUCUCCAUAUGUUGAAAUUGAAUUACUUGGAUUUGGAAAUGAUUCUCAAAUUCAAAAAACGAAUACUAUAUGUUCUAAUGGUUUAAGCCCUGUUUGGCAAGAACGUUUUUAUUUUAAAAUUAAAUAUCCCGAAAUGGGCCUUUUACGGUUUUUUGUCGAGGAUGGGGAUUUUGUUGGACCCAAAACGGAUCCUUUUAUUGGCCAAGCAAUAUUUCCAAUUGAUUGUAUUCGACCUGGAUUUCGUUCAAUUUCAUUACUUAAUCAAUUUAAUGAACCUUUAGAAUUGUCUGCUUUGCUUGUACAUGUUGAAAUUCGUGAAUGGAAACAUUUAAAUACAAUAACAACAACAAAAUGUCGUUCAAAUUCUCUUUUAGUUACUGGAAAUUCUUUAAAUUUUUCUUCAAAAAUUUCUUCUUCAUCAUUUUCUGAUGGAAGUAAUUUAAAUAAUAAUUUAAUGGACGAAAACCCUCCAAUUUCGAAUAUUCACCAAUAUUUACAAUUUGGACGGUCAAUUUUGGCUGAUUCCGCUCAAGAGCAAUUAAAUGAAAAUAAUAAUUCUUUAGAAUUUUCUGGAAUGAUCUCAACAAAAGAAUUAAGGCAAACAAAUAAUUUAGCAGAAGAUUACACUUUUAGAAAUCCAACACCAAUAUCACCACCAAAUAAUAAUAGAAAUUCAGCUUUGCGUAAUGGAUCGAGUACUUUGAGGAAACUUUUCCGAUUGGGUCGAAAUAGCAAUAAUUAGAAUAAUGCCAUAAAAUUAAUUUUUUAAAGCU